UAACUGUAGUGUAUUUGUUUGAAUGUUCCACAGGAGUGUCUGUCGAGAAUUCGGUGUGCAAAUUGGACGCGUGACUUUGGCGUUCAUGGUGUUUGGAGCCGGCAUGUUCAUUUCCAGCACAGCGUUUCUACCUUCAACGUUCUCCAUGUACAUGUGCCUGGUGUCCAUGGGGGCGUGGUUUCACCGCAAGUACGAGCUGGCCGUCUUCACGACGGCGCUCUCCGCCUUCCUCAGCUGGCCCUUCGCCGCGCUCUUGGGGGUGCCUAUCGCCAUCGACAUGGUCUUCUACCGGAAGGAGGUUUUCAAGUUCGUCCAGUGGAGUUGCAUUUCGACCGCCAUCGUCUUAAUUCCGAUGGUCAAAAUGGACUCAUCUUAUUUUGGACGGUUGGUUGUGGCUCCAUACAACAUCAUCCACUAUAAUAUAUUCAGCCAUGGACCUGAUUUGUAUGGGACUGAAUCAUGGACUUUUUAUUUUAUCAAUGGUUUUCUGAAUUUUAAUUUUGCCUUUAUUGGUGCAUUACUAAUGCCCUUUCUUUUGGAGGAGCGGUUCCUGUUCCCCGCGUACCCGCUGGUGUGCCUGUGCGGCGCGGUGGCCGUGGACUGCGUGCAGAAGCUGUGCUACCGCUUCGCGCUGCCCCGCCCGCGCCAGCGCUCGGGCCCCGCGCCGCGCCACUACCUCCACUCCACGGCCCCGCUGCUGGCCGUCGCCGUCGCCGUCUGCGCCGCCCUGGGCGUGGCGCGCGCGCUCGCCCUCUACAACGGCUAUCAUGCGCCUUUGGACGUGUUCAUGGAACUGAACAGCCUGAAUGCUGAGUAUAACAUGGUCUCUAAGAAGACCAUCAACGUCUGCAUGGGCAAGGAAUGGCAUCGAUUUCCUUCCAGUUUCUUUCUUCCGGGGGAUAAUUCGCAGCACAAUGGAACGGCCAUCAUUCCCAGCCAUAUGAACAACUUAAACAAAGAGGAACCUAGCAGAUACUUUGAUGUCAAUCAGUGCCAUUUCUUGGUGGAUCUGGACUUAGGAGUGGAGACAGAACGAGAACCAAACUACUCCCAGCAGAAAAAUCAAUGGACUAUUCACAAAUCUAUACCAUUCUUAAAUGCUGCUAAGUCUCACCAAUUUUUCAGAGCAUUUUAUGUUCCAUAUUUCUCGAAUCUGUACUGUACGUAUGCAUCAUACAAUCUUCUUAUUUCAAGUAAAUUGAAGUUUUUGAAUGGGGAAAAUUCAGGUACCAAGAGAUAAUAAUAAUUUUGAAUCUAUAUUUAUGUCAAUCAUUGAUUUUGUAUGAAGGAAAGGAAUUCAUCUCAUUGCCAUUAUCUAUCCAAUAUUCAGAAUUGAUCUUCAGCAUUUACUAAGUGUUUGCAAAAAUGGUUAGUACUUUUGUUGUUUGAUUUGUUUAGUAAAUCAAUUCAAUGAGAUGCGGUUAUAAAACGUAGGGAACAGCACAAUGAAAUAUAAAUUAUGUCAAAAUGUAAUUUUGAUCCAUAAGUCAAGAAAGCCAAAUAUCAAUAACUUAGUCAUAUUGGUUGUCAUGUAUGUUAGUUUGUGUGUGUAUGUGAAAGAGAGGGAGGAAAAAGAGACAGGAAGACAGGGAAGUACGUGUGAAUGUUUGUUAUUGUUGUGAUUUGUUAAGGUGUACUAAGUAAUUAUUAAUGAGUUGUGUGCCAAUAAAGUGUGUGUUUACUGUCAUGUAAAGUGUUGUGUGUUCUAAACUCUAAUG